GCCGGAAGUUCCCCCUCCCUUCUGUCCCGCCGCUCGGCCCCCGCUGGGCUCCGCCAUGUCGCCGGUGCGGGCGGUGCUGGCGCUGCUGGCCGCGCUGGCGGCCCCCGCGGCCGGCUACUUCGUGAGCAUCGACGCGCACGCCGAGGAGUGCUUCCUGGAGCGCGUCCCGUCCGGCACCAAGAUGGGGCUCAUCUUCGAGGUGGCCGAGGGCGGCUUCCUCGACAUCGACGUGGAGAUUACAGGACCUGAUAAUAAAGGGAUUUACAAAGGGGAUCGAGAAUCCAGUGGAAAAUACACAUUUGCUGCUCACAUGGAUGGAACUUACAAGUUUUGCUUCAGCAACAGAAUGUCCACCAUGACUCCUAAAAUAGUGAUGUUCACUAUUGAUAUUGGAGAAGCUCCAAAAGGGCAAGACAUGGAGACAGAAGGUGGUGGAGAUACCUGGGAUGCUCAUCAGAACAAGCUAGAAGAGAUGAUUAACGAGUUAGCAGUGGCCAUGACGGCUGUAAAGCAUGAACAGGAAUACAUGGAAGUUCGUGAGAGAAUACAUAGAGCAAUUAAUGACAACACAAACAGCAGAGUGGUCCUCUGGUCAUUCUUUGAAGCCCUUGUACUAGUUGCCAUGACACUGGGACAAAUCUACUACCUGAAGAGGUUUUUUGAAGUCCGAAGAGUUGUUUAAGAAAACUGUUCUGAUCCCAAAUUCUCAAUUCACCGUCUACCAAAACAUCUUGGUCACAAAAAAGUCACUUAGUUUCUAAACCCUCUUUUCUGAACUAUAAAACUUGCUUAAGUUCCUUCCUAGUUAAAAUGACAUGGUUUUAUAUAUCUUCUGUAGCAAAAGCUGUGCUCAAAUCUCUUGUCACUUAAUUGGCAUAAUUUUUUUUUUCACUUGAACUCUGCCUAGUCUGUAUGCUAAGCGAGGUCCAACAGACUGCAAAUGCUAUAAUUCUCCUGUAGUAAUAAGCAAUGUUACUGUCCUUUUCUAACUUUUGUGUUUUCUAUUUUCAUAAUCCAUUGCAAUUCUGUCUAGGGAAACGGUACAUGGCCCUAACAUGACUAUUUGCAUUCUUCGUAUCUUUAACUCUGCAGUAGAUGUUAUGGAAUCAAAAUAAACCCCUCUUCGCUUCCAUGUACUGCCAAGAAGGAGCAAACGAAACAGAACUUUAUUCUGAUAAGGAAUAGAAGACAGCUGAGAACUCCACUAUAGUAUGCAUACCUGGUUACUGUAAAAAAACAAAACAAAACCAGUAACUAUCUUAACUACACUGAUUUGUUCCCUACAUUUUUUUUAAUUAAAGAAAUUGAUAUUACAAUA